GAUGGCAUUCGUCAUGGAAAGAUUUGAGGACAUGCACGAAACAUGAUAUUCAAUCUUUGUGAUCAAUUAACACAUUUCACCAUUUUCGUGUCGUUUACAAGUUUAAUAUAGUAGCGACAUACGCACAAUGAAUGUUCAGAAUAUACACUGUGAACAAGUAUCGCUCGAUAAAUAUCUGCUUUCAGUCAAUGAAAUAGGACUUCCGUGUCCCAGAAGUAAAGAGUUCAGAAGUGAGACAGAACCAAAUGCAUGAGAAGGUGUUAAAGAACAUUGGAUUGUUAAACAUUACUGAGAGACGUCAGAACAAGUGCAAAUUACUGUCGAACGUUCCAAACUGGAUCAAACGCGAGGACAAUUGAGUUCAAGUGAUAAAGGUACUCAUAUGAAGAUCAAGUUAUACAAGUGAAAUAAUUAACUGACAAAUGGUCAUAUAUUCAUCCCACAAAUAAAACUUGCGCAUUUAAAAACGUUUUAACUUCAUUCCUUUUAUCUUAAACUGCAUUUGCAAAUGACAUGGCAUCAAAUCAGACUCAGUGUGAAAUGUGCUGUAAUGAAAAUGCAGUCGGAUAUUGCAAAACCUGUGGGAACAUUGGUGAAACGUGUGUUGAAAUUCAUAAGACAGGAAGAGCAUUCAAAAUCCACAUUCUUAACAUGUAUGAAAAGGAUGGGUGCAAUCCAAGGCGCAUUUUGUGUGAUAUCAUACAGAAGAUGUGUACACACCAUCCGACUGAAAGAACGGCAUUAUUUUGUAAAACUCAUGAAACUUUGAUAUGUGGUAGAUGUCUACAAUCCGAUCAUGUUUCAUCAUGCGGUGGAUAUGAUGUUGAUAUGUGUAAAGAUGCCACACAUAUUAAUUGUGAUCCGGCUAAUGAUACGACCGAAGCUUUAUAUAUAAUAAGAGAUAUUGCAGGUGACAUUAAGCAAAUGAAGGAAGAGAUUGAUCAAAGAAUUGAAACAAAUAAUACCAACGUGGUAAAAGGCAAUAAAGAAUUGGAUUCUUUGGAAAUUAAACUAAAAGGAAAAGUUAAAGAUUCCAAAAGAGGUUUUAGUCAGGAAACAUGUACGACUAACGACUUUAACCUAGACGCAAACUCAAUGGGAAGUGCGAGUCAAGAAAUGCAAAUGACGCGUAAUGAACUCAUCGAAGCAUCUAUUAAAGCGAAACUGGACGCAGAAAAAGCAGAAAUAGCACGAAAGGGACUCGAAAAAGAAUCACUGCAAGCGAAACAGAGCUUAGAAAAGACUGAAAAAACAAGGAAGGAGCUGUGUGACAAGCUAAAACAUGUGAAACAUGACCUUGAGACGUCCGAAAAGACAAGGCAGGAACUGUGUUAUGAGCUGAAACUAGUGAAACAAGACCUGGAAAAUUCAGAAAAGACCAGGAAGCAACAAUGUGAUGAGCUGAAACAAGAGCUUGAUACUUCGGAAAAGAGAAGAAACACGUUCGAAAAAGAGUUACUGCAAGCGAAGCUGGUCAUAGAGCAAUCUGAAAAGACAAGGCAGAAACUGUGUGAUGAGCUGGAACGAGUGAAAAAAGACCUUGAUAAUUCAGAAAAGGAACGAGCGGUUGUCACUGCACAGCUUUCACCCCUGAAAGAAAAUAUCAAGUGGACUCAACCAACUGGAACAGUUGAUGUCGAGAUCAGUCAGGGGAUUUUUGGUUACAUCAAUUUGAUUUUUACAUUCCCAGAUGGCAUUCAAACGACGCACCAUCCGUCCCCGGGAAAACCGUAUAAAGGCGGCAGGUUCACAGGACACUUGUGUACAGACUCUGAUGGCGAGCUGCUAUGUAGGAUGUUAAAGGCGGCAUUCAAGAAAGGGUUGAUGUUCAACUUUGGAAAGGAAGGAAAAGUUGUCCUGGAUGGCGUCACCUUGUAUAAUAGGCCAUUGUAUGAUUUCAAAGAAUGGAAGACAUACGAUGCAUACACACAGACAUUGAAAGCGCAGCUGUCAGCCAAAGGUAUCACAGAGGCGAAUAUAGAUCAGACGGAGGAUCUAUUCGAGACCUUAAAUGUCAACGGUUCAUGUUUGUUCGAUGCUGCGCCGAGUUCUUAAAUGAGAUGUUAGUGGACUUUGCAGACAAGGGCAUAACAGAGGCAAAUGCAGAACUUAAUGUGCUUAUAUGUCUGUUGUCCCAGGUCGUCUGUGUUGGAUAUACAUUUUUUUCAAAGAUAUCCUGUUCAAAAAUAAUUAAGCGUAUUGCAAAUGAUAUUUCAUUAGAUCAUUUACUCAAUUUAAGAACAUAAAAUGUGGCUGUUUCAGAGGAUUCAAAUAAUUACGUUUGAUGAUUAUUUUAUUUGUCGAUACUACACGCUCAGAUUUUAACUUUUCCAUAAGAAGAUCAAUAGUAGCUAUAUACCGGAGCGUUUGGCUAAAAGUAGAACAAGCAUGAACCGUGGGUACAAUGUAAAUCAUAUAUAUCAGCAAUAUUGAUGUUCAUACAAUUGUGUUUUUUUUAAGUUUGAAUAUGCUUUGUAAAUCUAAUGAGUUUCCCUGAAUCUUUUAAUCCACUAUGCGUAUUACCCAGCAUAAUAUAGACAAUAGUUGUUCAUUCGUUUGGCUGUUUCAUUGAUGCUCUGUUGUCUGUCCCUCGCUAAGUGUAAGUUAAGCCUUAACCUUUUGCAUUCUAUAUAGGAAUAAAAAAAUUAUCAUGUGUUUCCGGGUCCGAAUAGAAAAAUCCGAACCGUUGACCCGCGCGGAAGCGGGUACAGAGGCUUAUCAAGUUACCGGCCACUAAGCUUGCCCGAAGAUCGGAUUUUCUUUAUCCGGAUAGUUGAAGCAUGAUUUGUAUUUCUUAAAUACCUAUAGAUAUAAAAGUGUUGUAAAUCAGGCUAGAUAACAUCUCUGUCACCAAAAAAAAAAUUGAGCGAUUUUGCUUACUGUGAAAUAAUGACGCGAAGUAAUUUCAGAUUACUGUUGGUCUCAAAUAGUUGACUUUUUUUUUUCCUUUAAGAUUAUAAUU